AUGAUAAGGAAAAGGUUACAAUCUUUAAAGAAGGAUUAUUUAAAAUGUCAAUAUAGAAAUAUUAUAUCAUCAAGUAUUAAAAAGAAAAAAUACAAUUAUAAAGAAGAAAGUUUAAAUUUAUAUGUAGCUUUCAAUUAUAAUAUAAAUUUGUGUCAUGAACGAUUUGAGAAGAAUAUUUAUUUGUAUGAUGUAAACUCCACAGUUUUUAAACUUUCAAAAUAUAUCCAUAAAUUCAAGAAAUAUAUAAAAAAUGAAACAAAAAAAAAGAAGGAAUAUGAAAAGAAUGAUAAAUAUAAUUAUAAAAUAGAACAAUUAUUUAUGUGUUAUAUUUCACUUCAUAAUAAUAUCAAUAGAGAUAUAUUUUUAAGAUUAACAAGAGAUGUUUUAAGUUUCCCAUCAUUGAAAGAAAAAAUAAUUAAUGACAAAAAAUAUUAUGAAUAUCUUUUAUAUGAAAUAAUAAAAUGUGGACAAGAAAAUAAAGUUGAUAAAAUACACUUUUAUGAAUAUGUAAUAAAAAUCAUUUCAAGUUUCUUAUUGAAUUCUACUUUAUUUUUCAAUGAACUUUUUGAAAGGAAUUUUUUUUUAGAAUUCUUAAAUUUAAUUAAAAAAGAAGAUAUAAAUAAUUAUAUCAAUAAUUUUACAUAUCUACUUUCAUGUAUUUCAUUAUAUAAAAGAGCUCUGAAACAAAAUAUAACUUUUCAUAAUAAUAAGGAUUUAUUAUUAUCAUCUAAGUUUUUAUCUGAAAAUAAUACAAAUAUAUUGAUAGAAAAAAAGAAAAAUGAAAUAUUAUUAGAUAGCUUAAAUAUUAUAUUACAAAUUUUUGAUAAGAUACAAAAUUAUCAUUAUUUUAAACAAAUAGAUAUUUGUAAUAUAUUUGAUUUUUUAAAUGAAUUUAAAACAUUUCAUAAAAUAAAAAUAUGUAUUCUUAUAAAUAUUCAUAAAUAUUUAAUUCCCUCAAGUGAUAUGAAACAUUUGUGUUUAUUAAUAUAUUUAAUAACUUCAAAUAAUAAUAGUAGAAAUAUAUAUAAGGAGUGUAUCCAGCAAGACGCCUACAAAUAUAUAUAUAAUAUAAUUUUUUUAAGGAGAAAUGAACUAUAUGAUAUUAAGAAUUGGAACCUCUUUUUAUUAAGCUUAAUAAAAUAUAAAAAAAAUGAAUACACCAAUAAUAUUAUGAGAAAAAGGAAAAUCAAAAAUAUAAAAAUGAUAAAAAGUAAUGGCAAUAUAAAUGAAGACAUAAAUGAAAAUGUAAAUGGACACAAUAAUAAAAUAAGUGGUGUUCCAACUAAUCGUCAGAUAAAUAAAUCUACAAAUAUGUCUUUAAGAUCAUCAAAAAAAAGAAAUUCUAUAAAAUACAAUAAAAAGUUUGAAUUGUGCUUAAAUGUUAAAAAUAGAUAUAUGAAUAAAAAAAAAAAGUACAAAGAGAGAAUUUUAUAUUUUUCAAUCAAGAAUUAUUUUAUGCAAUUAAUAGAGCAAGAAAAAAAAAAAAAAUUAAAUCCUAAAUAUAUAAAAACGUUUUAUGAAUAUUUUUCUUUUUAUCAUAUAAAAAAAAAUUGCAUAAGAAAAAAAAAUUAUAUAUCACCUUUAGUUUUAAUUCAAAAUUAUGAAAGUGAAAAAGAAACACACAAAAAAAAAUAA